AUGAUCCAUCAAAGCUCAAUUCGCUUCUAUACCACCCCUACCGAACAGACUGCAAGCGCGCCUGUUACCAUCGAUUCGUCCGCCGCCACACCUGUCACUUCUCCCGAUGUCACCGCCAAUGUGGCCGAGGUUGUAUCUAACGCCCCUACCAGCGAGGCGAUUACAGCAGCAGCAGCACAGAUUGGAGAUUUUAAGGCUAUGGGACUGUGCAACUAUACACCUGUAGGCGCGUUGGAGGCAGCAUUGGAGGCUAUUCAUGUCAGCACGGGACUUCCCUGGUGGGCUGCUAUUGCUGCUGCCACUGUGGCUAUUCGUGUUUGUAUGAUACCACUCAACAUUAAGGUCCAACGCAACAAUGCUCGUGUAUCCAAUAUCAACCCGGAUUUGCAAAGGAUUAUGAAUAACGUCAGCGAGGCCAAGAAAGCAGGAGACCAAAUGGCCAUUGCCAAAUAUUCACAACAAGCUCAACAAUUGUUUAAAGAUAAUGGAUGUCACCCUGCAAAGUCACUUUUGCUUCCUGUUGUUCAAGCUCCUGUCAUGAUUUCUUUCUUCAUGGCUCUCCGAGCUAUGGCUGAGUUACCUGUUCCGGGAUUCCUGGAUGGUGGUUUAGCUUGGUUCACGGAUUUGUCCGUCAAGGACCCUUAUUACAUUCUUCCCGUGCUUUCAUCCGCUGGUAUGCUUGCCAUCUUGGAAACUGGUAGUGAGACUGGAGCAGCCAACCCACAAGCUGCUGGUAUGAAGAAUUUCUUCCGUGGUAUGACUGUGUUGAUGAUUCCAUUCACUGCUUGGAUGCCCAGUUCCGUUUUCGUAUACUGGGUGACCAACAAUAUGUUCAGUUUGGGCCAGUUUUUGGCGCUCAAGGCACCAACUGUCCGAAGUGCACUCAAUAUUCCACAGCUCGUUAAGCCUGCAGCCGAGCUGCAGAAGAACAGCAAGGGUUUCGUACAAACUUUUAAGGAACAGACUGCUUCAUAUCAGAAGACGGAGAAGGAGCGCAUUGUUCGUGAACGACAGCAAGCUGCUGCUAUGGCCCGACGUUCCAGCAAGCGUCGCUUUUAG